AUCGUCCUGAUGACGCUUGCUGGUCUUCUUCGUCCAGCUUCAGCCAGUGCUCCGUGGAAUAAACACGACGAUGUUGUUGACUGCUGUGUUCUUUGUCAACUGAAAGAACGGCUCAGUUGAGAAUAAAUAAUCCUGGAUUUCACGUCUAAUUAAGCUGGAGACGAAUUGCUGGUGGACGCUCGAUUUUUACAGCUAAAGAAGUGGACCGGAGACCACGAAAUGCCUCUGCUGUUUCUGGAGAGGUUUCCCUGGCCCAGCCUGCAGACCUACACUGCACUGAGUGUGGCUUUGCUGGCUGGCAGCAUCUUCAGUGCCUAUACUACUGUCACUGACCCAGGGUUUGGGGCCUUGGAAACUGAUGACACGCCAGCUCCCUCUGAUGUUGAUCUUGAACAUCUGAGCAAUGCAGUUGGUAACACAGAACUGGCCAGAACUGUCUUGUGGUAUCUAAUUACAGACAGUCUGUUUGUAUGGGUGCUAGUGAACACAUUUUGCUGCUCUUUGAUGUUAAUUGCAAAAAUGAUCCAGUAUGUGGUUUUUGGGCCCCUCAGAGUCAGUGAGAAGCAGCAUCUUAAGGAUAAAUUCUGGAACUUCAUCUUCUACAAGUUCAUUUUCAUAUUUGGAGUGUUGAAUGUGCAAACCGUAGAAGAAGUGGUCAUGUGGUGUUUGUGGUUCUCAGCCUUGGUCUUUCUCCAUCUCAUGGUUCAGCUCUGCAAAGAUCGCUUUGAUUAUCUUUCUUUCUCCCCAUCAACCCCGAUGAACAGCCAUGUGAGAGUGCUGUGCCUGCUGGUCUCCCUGCUCCUGGACUGCUGUGGCCUGGCUGUGGUCUGUGGCCUGCUGGGAGCCUCCCAUGGCAUGCACACACUCUCCUUUAUGGCUGCAGAGUGUCUGUUGGUGACGGUUCGCACUGGACAUGUCAUUAUGAGGUACUCCAUCCAUCUGUGGGAUCUGAACCAUCCAGGAACCUGGGAGAGCAAAGGCACAUACGUCUACUACACAGACUUCAUCAUGGAGCUGGCUAUGCUCUUUCUGGAUCUGAUGCAUCAUAUCCAUAUGCUGCUGUUUGGUAACAUCUGGCUGUCCAUGGCGAGCUUGGUUAUCUUUAUGCAGUUGCGAUAUCUGUUCCAUGAGGUCCAGCGGCGCAUUCGCAGACACAAGAACUACCUUCGAGUCAUCAACAACAUGGAGGCCAGGUUUGCAAUUGCUACUGCAGAGGAACUGGCUGCAAAUGAUGACGACUGCGCCAUCUGCUGGGACACCAUGCUAACAGCACGCAAACUGCCCUGUGGCCAUCUUUUCCACAACUCUUGCUUGCGUUCGUGGCUUGAGCAGGACACGUCAUGUCCCACAUGUCGAACAUCCCUGAACAUUAAUGGGGACGGAGCUCCGGGUGGAAACCAGCAGCAGGGUCCUGGGUUGGAAGACAACAUUGGCCCAGUAGGUGCUGCUCCAGAAACUCGGCCACACAUCAACCAACACAAUCACUUCUUCCACUUUGAUGGAUCUCGCAUUGCCAGCUGGCUGCCCAGUUUUUCUGUUGAAGUAAUGCAUACUACUAAUAUCUUGGGCAUGGCUCAGGCUAACAACUCCCAGCUUAUGGCCAUGGCCCAUCAGAUUCAGGAGAUGUUCCCUCAGGUGCCCUCCUACCUUGUUAUUCAGGACCUGCAGCUGACCCGUUCCGUUGAGGUCACUACAGACAACAUUUUGGAAGGACGAAUCCAGGUGCCUUUCCCUGCACAGGCCAUAGAGCGCGGUCCGCUCCAGGGGGGCCAAGCAGAAGAUGAGCAGCCAGGUCCCAGCGGAGAAGCAGAGCAGAACCCCAGUGAGUCAGAUAACAUGGAAGCCAGAGGCGGCCGCUUCUCCAAGUCUGCCGAGGAGAGGCAGAAGAUGCUAAAGCUGAGAAAAGAAGAAAUGCUCCAGCAAGCGCGCAGGAGAUUUCUAAACAAGGGUGAAGAAGAUAAUGAGGAGGACUUGCCCAGACUGGAAGAGGACUCACUCACACAACUGGACUCCACUGUGCUGAGGCGUAGAACCAUGGCAGCAGCUGCAGAGAGACGCAUGCAACACCAAGAGGAACCUGCGCCCUGAAACACGUGAAGGACUUGAACAAGAAAGUAUACCAUUUCAUCAUCCUAAGAGGCAACAAGACCUAUUUCAGCCUUUCCCCAUUUGGUCUAGUCAAUAGUUAUCACCUUUGUAAAACUCUUAAUUAAAAAGCAUUGCAAAUAUGGCCUGUGGACUGUUCUGGGCAGCCUGAAGAAGGUGAGACUAUUGAAAGUGGCCUCUGCUAUUCUAUCCUGAAUAUUUGGAGCAUAAUAGAAAGUGAUGGGUUGUGGCAAGUAAAAGACUUACAAGGUUGCAUCGCCCUCCGUUCACAUGCUACGCAUUGCAACCACCAGCUUAGACAGUAUCUGUCAAUAUUUGGACUCUGUCAAAAACGAGCACAUUUUGCAUUCAGACACAAUUACAAGAACAUAUUUUUUGAGCGUUGUCAGAAAGUGUAAUUUCUAGAUGAAGCUCCUACGAGUCUUUUUAUUACUUUUGGUCUCUUGCUUUGCUUAUGGCAGAAACACCAUAUUCCUGAUGAAGAAAUUCAUCUGAUCUAUUUGUGUGUACAUUUUAAUAGUUUCAACUGUGAAAUAAGUAGCAAAGCUUUUAUUUCUUACCUUGGAGUAAGAGAAUGUCACUUUAAUAUUGGUCAGCCUUUCAGUCAACCAUGAAUGUUUCUAUCAAAAGAAAUGCUGCAAAGUGUUUUUGUUUUGACCCGCAAGGGUUGUUCUGUGUUACGUGUUAUAUCACCCAUUGUAAACAGUUUGCAUUUUGUUAUUUAACAAGAUGGGGAAAGUUUGGCAUGUAAAUCUUUUUCUGAUACUGAUUUUCAGCAAAUGGGGACAGAUAACAUUUUUUGUGCAAGUACACUGGGUAUUUUCCUCUCUUUUAAAAAUGACCCUCAACUGAUGAGCAGGUAAAUGUUUUCAGCUGAGUGUGGGGUUGUAAGUGAUAUUUGUAGGGUUUAAAGUUGUUUAAUCUGCAGCAGCUGCACUUGCUGCAUGUUCCUGGUGGAUGUUAAGCCACUCGUGAGAAUCUUGAAUACCUUACCUAUAAAAAAUUAUUUUAGUACCUCAGCAAAUUACUGGACCUAAAAUGUUGUGCUUGUUUAACUUCUAUAAAUGGAUUGAAUUAAGAUCUAUAAAGAGACUUCUGGGUAACUCAUUUGAGCUGCCAUUGUGUAAUCUGCAAACUAAAAAGGAAAACUUUAAAAGCCACUAACUUCAUUUGUUUCAAAAGUACACCAAUGGAGAAACUUUGUCUCUUGAACAAAGUUUGUCGCUUGAAUGCGUUCCUGAUUGAGACAUAUCAGUAGACAAAGGAGUGGAGAUUGUGGAUCACUGCAGUGUAUUAAAAAAGACAGUUUCAAAAUGCAUGAAAUGUUGACAAGCCAUUUUGUGUCCAUACACCAAAGAUCAGCCAUAAAGCUUACACUAGAAGUUAAAGUGUUGUAAUUCUUUAUUUUGUAUUAAUUUUAGUUCCCUUGGUCAGGAGUGCUAUAUAAAUAUAUAAUCCAGAAACUGGAAUUUUUUUCAGUUUUUUACUUAGCAACUUUAAAAGCCCAUUACUUUUACCUGCUCAUGGUUUCCUUCCAUAACUAUUACUAAUUUAAUCAAGAAUCAGAUUUUUUUUCUUUUUUUUGGAUUGAGCUUUCCCAUAUUUUGUGCCUAAAUCAAGGAUGGUUUAGUUAAUUUCUGUAAAUCUAGUUUUUGUAAAAUAUGUUGAUAUGGAAGACUCAAUAAACAGAGCUACAGCUUUUCAAGAAA